GUUCGCCGUCCAUCACCCGACGGUGCCUGCAAUCGGGGUAGAGGACAACGACGUCGUUACUACGCACCGCAGUCUAGCCCGCGUCCAGUCGUCCACAGUCGACCGACAGGCCAUCGUCGGUCCCUCCUCGAGCAUCGGAUACCGAACAAUCCCAACUCGCACACGUUGCCACAAUGCACUACGCUUAUCCUCCUCGGAAAAGCUCGAACCCGCCCCCCUACCUGCCCCGUUCCUCGCGAAUACCCAGGAUACGGAGGGGCCAUCUGAAGCCAAUUGUGCUGGUUGGGGUGAUAAUCAUUGGAUUAAUAUGGCUUUUUUCCGGCGGCUCAAAACAGGCGGGGCACACGAUAUCGGGGAAACCGCCGGUCGUGUUGGUGACGGUGUUUGACGAUAGGAGUGACGAUUCCGUCUACAAACGAGACACGCGAGAGAACAGGAUGCAGUACGCAGAGAAGCAUGGAUACGGCACAUUACUUGCAAAGACUACCGAUUAUGACCUCGGUGGGUCGCCUUCAUCUUGGUCGAAAGUUGUGGCGAUGCGACACGCCCUGGCCAAAUACCCCGAUUGCAAAUACGUCUGGUAUCUCGAGCAGAACGCCUUCAUCAUGAAUCCACACGUGAAGGUGGAGGACUACGUGAUGGGCGCUCGCAAGCUCGAAGCCAAUAUGAUCAAGGAACUCCCUGUGGUUCCCCCGGACAGCAUCAUCAAGACAUUUUCGCAUUUGAAAGGAGACGACGUCGAAUUUGUCAUAACACAGGACAAGGAGGGUCUAGCCCCAGGUAGUUUUAUCAUUAAGAAUGGCGAAUGGGCCAAGUUCUUCCUCGAUACGUGGUUUGACCCUCUAUAUCGAAGCUACAAUUUUCAGAAAGCCGAGACUCAUGCUUUGGAACACAUUGUUCAAUGGCACCCGACAAUCCUAUCAAAAUUGGCCAUCGUCCCACAACGAAUUAUUAAUGCUUACAGCAGCAACCUCCACGGCGAGCAGUACAAGGACGGGGAUAUUGCGGUCGUCUUCGCUCGCUGCUCGAACGCGGCCGACAAAGGCUGCGCGAAGGAGGCCGAACGGUUCACGCAGCAGUGGCGAACGUCCUUUUCCAAGGCACGAUAGGAUACGCGAUGAUAUGUAAACGAACACGAGCGUUUCGAUGUAGAUACUGAGAUCCCAGCUUCGCGGCCACGAAUAAAGGAAGGGGGUGGGGGUUGUCAUACCAACAUGUUAUAGGCGUUUAAGGAGCACCAGGAUGAU